UAAGCACCUUAACAAAGCUCCCAAACCCUACUUUCCCAUCAUAAUUAGCCCUCUGCAGCUACACAAAUUGCCAAUGGCGAAGAGCGACGUAAAGCUUCUCGGAGUAUGGCCAAGCCCGUUCGUGGCCCGGGUCCAAAUAGCCCUCAACUUGAAGUCCGUCGAUUAUGAGUGGCAAGAAGAGAAAUUUGAUAGCAAGAGCGAGUUGUUGCUCAAGUCCAACCCGAUUCACAAGAAAGUCCCGGUUCUGAUCCAUGAUGAUAAGCCCAUUUGCGAGUCCCUUCUCAUAGUCCAGUACAUAGAUGAAGUGUGGACUUCUGGUCCCUCUAUUCUACCUUCUGAUCCACACGAUCGCGCCACUGCCCGCUUCUGGGCUGCCUAUAUUGAUGAUGAGUGGGUUGAUCUGGGGAAGAAGCUAAGCAUGAUAAAAGGAGAGGAAGAAAGAGCAGCACUUGCUGAGAAGCGGAAAGAGCAGAUGAUUUUGAUGGAGGAGGCCUUCACUAAAUGCAGCAAAGGAAGCGGUUUCUUUGGAGGUGAAAGUAUUGGGUAUGUGGACAUCGCAUUCGGGUCCUUCUUGGGGUGGAUAAAGGCGAUGGAGAAGAGGUCCGAUCUGAAGGUGCUGGAUGAGGCCGCGACGCCGGGGCUGGCGGCGUGGGCUGAGAGGUUCUGUUCACAUGAGGCUGUAAAGGGUGUGAUCCCGGAGACUGAAAGACUCAUUGAGUAUGCCAAAAUGAUUCAAGCCAAACGUGAAGCUCAAUCAGCUCCCAAUUAACUGCACGC